AUGUCGACGCCGUCGUCGGCGCGCGCGCGUCUCGCCCCGUGGGCGGGUUUCCGCGCGCGCGUCUCGUCGCGCCGCCGCGCCGCGCCGCGCGCCGCCGCCGCGCGCGUCGUCGUCGUCGUCGUCUCCGCCGCCGCGUCGUCGUCGUCGUCGUCGUCGUCGCCGCCCGGGACCCUCCGAGUCACGGUGUCGGGAAAAUCCUCCGAGCACGCCCCCGGCGUCGUCGUCGGCAGCGCGCUCGUCCCGGGAUUCGACGGCGUCGAGGUCGAGCACGCCAAGCUCGAGGUGAGACAAGGGCGCGUCUUCGUCACCUCCGUCGCGAAGAGCGAGGGGACGUUCUUGGGAGGGAGCCGGCUGUUUCCGGGCGUGUCCUACGCGGUUCCGGAAGGCGCGACGAUCGCGCUGGGGGAGGAGGGCGCGGCGUUCGAGGUGGAGCAGCGCGACGGCGGCGCCGGGACCGGCGGCGUGGACGCGAUGAGCCAGAUGAUGGCGCUGCAGUUCGAAGCGACCGCGAGCGCGGAGGUCAAGGAAGCGCUCAGGGGGGGGGAGUGA